UUUGUACAGUGCUAGAGACCGGACGCAUAUUGGCUUCCUAGUAUUAAAGCAGGUGUGGGUUUAUUUUAUUCUAUAUGCAAAAAUAACGUUGAAAUUUAUAGUACCCGGUUAAGAAUCACAUGUAUUUUUUGUGCUAUACCAAAUAGAUAACAUGCAGGACUCACGAUUAAAAAUCGGUUACAACUACUGCGCAAGCAAAUUACCUAAAGAGUUGAUAGAGUCGAAAAAGUCGUGGAAAUCUGUUGUAAAUCUAGCUAAGAAUAAGGACGUAUUAAAUGCAGAACGUAGCAAGUCUGGUCCGAAUGUUACUAAUAAAACAAAGAGCAAAUUUAAUGAUUAUUAUAAACGUUAUGACCACGAUGAGGUACCUGUCAAAGAUUAUGCUAAUUUGAACGAAAAUUUUGCAAAUGAUUUAGAGAUUGGAGACAAUGACAGAGCCUCGCUGACAAAUUCAGAACUAGAGAGAAUAGAAAAGAAAGUUUAUAAUAAUAUAUCACAAGAGCUGCAAACGAAUGAGCGCUCAAUAAGUACUCUUGAAUCUAAUAUAAAACUAAUUAGAGCAACUGUCCAGGAAAUUUUCGAUAACUUUAAUACAAACAUGCGCGAUUUUGAACUCUACAAAAAGAAAUUCCAUGAGAUUUUAGCAAAAAACCAGGCUGAGCAAAUAGGCGAUAUGAAGGAAUUUUUAAAAGAUAUUAUACAUCAUAUUAUGUCUUCUGAAUCCUCUCUAUCGCCUGAAAAUAAUAAAUUAGAUAUUAAAAAUCAAGGAAAUUGCAAUGAUGGAACUGGUGAAAUAAUUUUAACUUCAAAGAAAAAUGGAAGUCUUUUAGAAAGUCUACAUUCUGUUGUGGAGGCUUAUAAAAACGAGAAUUAUCUUACCGAUUCAACCCUUGAUGAAAAUAGUUCGAAAAUAAAGACUUGCACAAAAAAAGAAAUUUUCAAUAUCUACUUAUUAAGUGGUAUGCCAUUUGUGCAAAUCAAAAUGAAUGACCGUAAUCUCCUAUCCGAAAUUAAUAUCAAAGAUCCUACGGCUACGCUAGAAAACUCAGAUAGUCACAUAGCAUCUGCCGAAAACUUGAAAAGACUAGCGGCCAAAAAAAUUGAGUUAGAGCAAUAUGUUAAACAACAGCAGGAUCUACCAGAACGGGAAAUACCCGUAAAAGUUUCAUUUGCUAAGAACAAUAUUCAUAUGAAUGAAGAUUUUACUCACGACAAAGAUUUGGAAGACAAUAAAUCGUUCAUGGCUAAAAUUUGUAGUUACAUUUGUAAGAAAUUCCGUAAGAACUCAUUUGUUUGACUUACUUGUUAAAUGUACUGAAAUUUUAUGUAAAAUA